AUGGAACCAGUGGAAGCAGUCAAAGCAAUGGUCAACGUCGUCAAAAGGAAGUCAGACCUGGAAAGGACGGUCGAGAUGCAAAGGGAGGAGAUAGACCGGCUGAAUGGACGCGUAAAGGAGCUUUAUGAUGAAAUGUGCGGUCUGAAGCGCGUAGAGCGGUUUGGCGCGCUGGUAACGAUGGCAACGUGGGCUAAGGAGUCCGUGAAGGACUUUAUGAGAUGUAAGAGGGUGUUUAGUACAAAGCAAAGGCUGCAAUACCACAUUAGGAAUGGGGUUUGCAUAAGGAGAUUGGUAGGUAAGACCUGUAGGGUGUGUAAUAAGGAGUUCAGCACCCCUCAAAAGCUACGAUACCAUAUCGAAAAUGGGGUUUGUCGUAGGACGACUGAAUGUAGUUAUUGUGGUAAAAUCUUUAGUAGUUACCAACGUCUUCGAACGCAUAGGAAAAGACACGAUGGGGCGUAUAAACACCUUUCAAGAGACUACAGCUUAGAUGGGGUGGAUUGUUACCAGUGCGGGGAUCUGAUGAGUUGUUGUGAACACAAAGAUGACUACCUUAAAGAUAGGAUAGAUUACUUUAAUGAGAUAGGCAGGGCAUUUCCCCGCUUUGACGUCGUUGAGGGCGUUCCAUGGACCAACAGGGAAUAUUGGAGGUCUGAGUGUGGGAGAUGCGGAUGCAUAAGGGAGGAGGAACACAUCUUCAACUGUUUAACAAAAUCCUAA